CAAUCAGCUGUUUGGCAAAAUGUAAACAAAACGUGCUCCGUUUGCCGACAUGCCGCCAAAGUCGAGUAAUAAAAAGAACCAAGCUACUUGGUUUCACUGUGAGAAAUGUAAUGUGCACAUAACAAGCAAAUCACGGGACACACACGAACGAGUAUGUUCUCUAGCGGAAGACGUAAGUGGCGCAGCUGUGGAGACAGAAUUUGUGCGCGAUGGAACCCUUUAUACGAGCAGUGUGCAACAGAAAAAUUUUGAAGUGGAAUCUUUGAAAGAUCUACCGCCGAAAUAUGCCAAUACCCUUCUAUUUAUGUCAGAGGGUGCCAUACAGCUUGCCCAGUUUCAUAUUGGGCAACAGGUGGUUAUAGAACCUGCAUUGGAAGAAGCUAAAAAUCCUGCGCUGGUGCGCAUUCUUUGGCCCAUUUCGGAGCAGUUUCUUACGACUGUUUUCGCCACAGCAGAAGAUUAUAGACAAAAUUGGUCGGCAUUCCAAGGCAAAUUACUACGCAUUUCAGCUCUGAAUCACGGUCAACUUUAUGCCGCUGCCAGUGUGUCUCUAAGGCAUUCAAAUUCCAGCGAAUCCGAACUGGAGUCAAUGCAUCUGCCAGAUGUGGCGGCAGUACUCAAGCGCAACACUGUGAAUCAAAUAUACAGGGAGGGCAGCGAACUACAUUUAAAUUUCUUCAACAAACCCUUGACUUUUCGAUUGGAAAGCUGGCAAGGAGUGGAGCAAGAUGCUCUAGAGGAUGCACUGGCCAAUCUAAGCUUGGCCAACACACAACAAUUUGUGCAAAUAACAAAUGCGACACGGCUGGAGAUAUUACUGAAUGAGGAAAAAGUCGAACAGCAGACGCUCGAACUGGAUCAAGAAUUAAGUAAAAGAAAGAUUGGCGGACUGGAAAAGCAAAUUCAAUUGGUGGAAGAAAGCAUGGACUUUGCACUAGGCUACAAGCCAAUGCCAAAAGGUAUCAAAAUAUCUCGUGGUUUGCUGCUCUAUGGCGCCAGCGGCUGUGGCAAGUCCCUGAUCUGUGAGGCCAUGUGUUCGUCGGCUCAGAGAAGCAACAAAAAUGUCCAAAUCAUUAAUAUUAACAGCGGCGAGGUGUUCAGCAAAUUUCUAGGAGAAACAGAACAAAAGCUGGCAGCAUAUUUUGACCGCGCCUACUCGCAUUAUCCACACCCCUCGCUGAUUAUCCUGGAGGAUAUUCACACACUCUGCCCUAAACAGGAUUCCAAUGAUUUGGUCAAGCGCGCCUCGCUGGCAUUGCUCUCCCAACUCGAUCAGCUUAGCAGCGGCUGUCGGGUGGAGACGAGUCGCACAUUCUUGCUGGCCACGAGCUCGCAAAUCGAUGCACUGCAUCCGAGCAUUAGGCGUGCGGGUCGUUUGGAUUGUGAAUUGGAGCUGGGACCACCUAAUCCAACUGCUCGCAAGGAGAUUCUGCAAUGUCAGCUGCAGCAAUUGGAGCAUAAUAUAAAAGAUGCCGAAUUGGAGCACAUUGCGAGCAUCACACAUGGCUAUGUGGGCGCCGAUUUGGUUAAUCUCGUAUAUACAGCCACGCUAGCUACACUGAAGGAGGAGCCUCGCCCUCUAGAGCUACGGGACUUGCAAGCAGCACUCACACAAGUCAAGCCCUCAGCUAUGCGCGAGGUGCUCAUUGAGAGUCCAAAUGUACUUUGGUCAGAUAUCGGGGGCCAGGCUGCACUGCGUCUAACUCUUCAACAGGCCAUCGAGUGGCCGCUGCUGCAUGCCGAUAAAUUUCAGCGCCUGGGUAUUAAGCCACCGCGUGGUGUUCUCAUGUUUGGUCCGCCUGGAUGCUCGAAGACAAUGAUAGCCAAGGCGCUGGCCACGGAAAGUAAACUCAACUUCCUAUCCAUUAAAGGCCCGGAGCUCUUCUCGAUGUGGGUGGGCGAGUCGGAGCGUGCGGUGCGCGAGGUCUUUCGCAAAGCUCGCCAAGUGGCGCCGGCGAUUGUUUUCUUCGACGAAAUCGAUGCGAUUGGCGGAGAGCGAUCCGAGGGUUCUGCUGGUGGCUCGUCGGUCAAGGAACGCGUGCUUACCCAGCUGCUGACCGAACUGGAUGGCGUGGACGCUUUGCACAAUGUCACCAUUGUAGCGGCCACCAAUCGCCCAGAUAUGAUAGAUAAGGCAUUGCUCCGGCCCGGCCGCAUAGAUCGAGUCUGCUACGUGGGCUUGCCAGAGGCGGCGGCACGUCGCGAAAUCCUCCUCAUCAAGUUGCGUGCCAUGCCAUUGGCUGAGGAUGUGAUUGUCGAUCAGCUGGUAGAACUCACCGAAGGCUAUUCGGGUGCAGAGAUUCAAGCUGUUUGCCAUGAGGCAGCGCUCAGCGCUCUGGAGCAGAGCUUCGAGGCAGAACUCGUGCAUUGGCGACACUUCGAAUCGGCGCUGGCAACAGUGAAGCCACGCACAAGCCCCGAGCUGUUGCGUCUCUACCAGGAAUACAUGAAAAAGUAGAUAAUAAAGUUCUCCUUUUGAUGUUCU